AUGAGAAAUGUUUGCUGGGAGCCUAAAACGCAGUCGUUUACCUUUUCACAUCACACUUCGCCACCAAAUUCGUCUUCAACUUCCACCACCACCACCACCACCACCAAGGAAACCAUCGUUUCCAGGGGCAUAGAGGAAGCAGAAGCUCUCAUACUAAAAUGGGACCCUGAAACCUCCGCUUACGGAAGAGUUACCUCUCUCUUCUACAACGAUAAAACUGAGGCCAUGCACUACAUCCACUGCGUUAACCAGCUUCAAAAAACCAUGCACGCGUUGCUUGCAGACAACCCUUCCUCACGAAAACUUGUCAACGCACAAAACCUAAUGCAAAUUGCCAUGAAGAGGCUCCAGAAAGAGUUCUACCAGAUGUUAUCCAUGAACCGGGCCCACCUUGACCCGGAAUCAGUCUCCACCAGAUCCUCCACCACCUCUAGAAGCUCUUUUUGUUCCGACAGCUACGAUGAAGCCACAGCGGAAGAUGACGUUCAUCACACAGGGGAUUGUAUCUCCGAAGUCGAACGCGUUUCGUCCGAAGCUGUGGCGGAUCUGAAGUCCAUCGCUGACUGCAUGGUUUCCAACGGUUACGGCAAGGAAUGCGUCACGGUUUACACCACGAUGCGAAAAUCGAUCGUUGACGAAGGCAUAUAUCGCCUCAGCGUGGAGGAAUUGAGCGCGUCGAAGGUGAAAAAGAUGGAAUGGGAAGUGCUCGAGUUGAAAAUUAACGGUUGGUUAGAGGCGGUUAAGAUCGCCGUGAGGACGCUCUUCGCGGGAGAGAGGAUCCUCUGCGAUCAAGUUUUUGGUGCGUCACCAUCCAUUGCGGAAGCUUGCUUCGCCGAGAUUUCGAGAAGCGGAGCCGCUCUGCUAUUCGGAUUCCCCGAACUCGUCGCCAGUAAGAAGAAAUCACAGCCGAAGAAGAUCUUCCGAAUGAUUGACAUGUACGCCGCGAUCGCCGCGCUGUUGCCGGAGAUUGAAUCGAUAUUCUCGCUCGAUUCAACAACCGCAGUUAAAUCUCAAGCCUGUGCUCUACUUCACCGACUCUCCGAGUCGGUACGAACGAGUCUCUUCGAAUUUGAGACCGCAAUGCAGAAAGACUCUUCCAAAUCGGCGGCCAAAUUCGCCGGUGUCCAUUCCCUGACAGUGCAAGUAAUGAAUCACUUGUCCACACUCGCUGAUUACAGCAACGUGCUCUUGGAAAUUUUCUUCGACGUGCCACCGCCGUCGAGGUCGCCGUUGCCGGAGUCUUACUUGUACAGUCCACAAUCUGACAAUAUUACGAUAACGGGGACGGAAUUCUCGGCGCAUAUGGCGCGGCUGAUUCUAGUCCUUCUUUGUAAGAUCGACGGCAAAUCGAGACACUGCAAGGAGGUUUCAUUGUCUUACCUGUUUCUCGCGAACAAUCUCCGGCACGUGGUAGCCAAGGUCCGAACUUCGAACUUGCUCUACGUUCUCGGCGAUGAUUGGGUCUUGAAUCACGAAGCGAAGGUGAAGCGACUGUUGGCGAACUACGAGAGAGUGGCGUGGGACAAAGUGCUUUCGUCCUUGCCGGAAAAUCCGACGGCGGCAAUGUCGGCGGCGGAGGCGAGGGUUAUCUUCGGGACUUUCAAUUUAGAGUUCGAGAAAGCAUACCGGAGAGAGAACGCGUUUACGAUUCCUGAACAGGAAUUUCGAGAAGAGAUAAAGCAGUCGCUGUCGAGAAAAAUAAACCCUAUUUACCAGGAGGUGUAUGAAACACGCCGCAAUUCAGAGGGAUCGGUGAGAGAAAUGAGAGAGUACGUGAUAUUUACCCCUCAAGAUGUUGAGAAUUACAUGUUGAAUCUUUUCUCCUCAAGAGCAAGCUCCACUACUGAAGAAAACAAUUUUUUUUCUGUAAGAAAAAAAUACUGUAAAAAAUCCAAAUGA